CGAGCGGAGCCCCCUCGUCACCUUCUCGCUGCCCGAUCCAUGGGAGGAGCGGGCCGCGUCUUCCCGCUGGGAAGCGCCGCCGCGGCUCGCCGGGAUUGAGCGGGGCGGCCGGCCGCCGGCGCGGAGGGAGGAUGCCACUGCUCCGGAAGGUGCUGCGGGUCUCCAAUCGCUCCAUGCUCGCCUUCAUCUUCUUCUUCUCCUUCUCCUCCUCCUGCCUCUACUUCAUCUAUGUGGCCCCCGGGAUCGCAAACACGUAUCUCUUCAUGGUACAAGCUCGUGGUAUAAUGUUGAGAGAAAAUGUAAAAACAAUAGGACACAUGAUCAGAUUGUACACUAACAAAAAUACCACACUGAAUGGCACAGAUUAUCCUGAAGGAAACAAUUCUAGUGACUGUGUUGCUCAAACAACAAUGUAUCUUCCAGAAAACUUCACUUACUCUCCUUACCAGGCUUGUCCAGAGAAGCUGCCUUACAUGAGAGGCCUUAUUGAUGUCAAUAUGAGUGAAAUUAGUUUUGAUGAGAUUCAGCAACUGUUUUCAAAAGAUUUAGACAUUAAACCAGGAGGACACUGGAAACCAAAAGACUGUAAGCCACGAUGGAAGGUGGCGAUCCUUAUUCCUUUUCGGAAUCGCCAUGAGCAUCUUCCAAUUUUUUUCCGUCAUCUGAUACCUAUGUUGCAGAAGCAGCGGCUGGAAUUUGCCUUCUAUGUUGUUGAACAGACAGGUACACAACCUUUUAAUCGAGCAAUGCUCUUUAAUGUUGGCUUCAAAGAGGCUAUGAAAGAUGCCGUCUGGGACUGCAUAAUAUUUCAUGAUGUGGAUCACUUACCUGAAAAUGACCGAAAUUAUUAUGGAUGUGGAGAAAUGCCACGCCAUUUUGCAGCAAAGCUGGACAAAUAUAUGUACAUUCUCCCAUACAAUGAGUUCUUCGGUGGUGUAAGUGGCCUGACAGUGGAACAAUUCAAGAAGAUCAAUGGAUUUCCAAAUGCAUUUUGGGGAUGGGGUGGAGAAGAUGAUGAUCUUUGGAACAGGGUUCACUAUGCUGGAUACAAUGUAACGAGACCAGAGGGAGAUUUAGGGAAGUACAAAUCCAUUCCUCAUCAUCACAGAGGUGAAGUCCAGUUUUUAGGACGAUAUAAACUUCUGAGGUAUUCCAGAGAACGUCAGUAUAUUGAUGGGUUGAACAAUUUAAUAUAUACUCCUAAAAUACUUGUCAGUAGAUUGUAUAAAAAUAUAACUGUUAAUCUCAUACCAGAACUUGCUCCUGUUAGAGACUAUUGAUGGAAGUGGAGUGACAAGCUACCCUACCAGAAUGAACUUUUAACACUGGAAGCUACUAAUAGACACUGUAAAAGAAAACAAAACCAACAAACAGCAGCUUACAAAUAGAGAUUUUUGACCAUUUGAUGAUGCAUAUUUGGGAUGAGAAGUGAUUGUCUGUACCAUGCAUUUUGUUUUGAAAGAAAAGCCAGCAGCCACCACUCAGAUGUUUACAGCAUGAGACUACUGUUGAAGCCUUCAUUCUUCAUAUUCUCUAUCUUAACCACUCAACUAGAUAAAACUGCAGAAAACAGACUUGUAGCUUCUCUGGAAGUAGGGACAGAGGCCUCUUCUUCCAGGAAUUUUUUUAUACUGAACUGCACACACACCCCCUAUUUAAAUGAAUGCUUUUGUUUCUUUUUAAAAUGUGUUUUGUAAAUAUGUGAUGUAAAUUAAUGUGUGUACAUUGCUUUUAAAUUGCUCAAUAUUUUAUGCUUCAGUAUGUAUUUGAGUGUGUUCUUGUUUGAAUUCUAUAGGAAUGUUUUUAUUAGCAUGAAAGAACAAGUGUAAAAUGUAAGUAUGCUUAAAAAAAAGGUUAUACCUUAUGUGAAAUGAAGGAAAUAUUAAUUGUUGGCCAGCUAUGACUGUAAACUGUUAUACUAGUUUUGAGCUCUAGGCCUCCUGCAUAUCAGUAUAGAAAAAAAAAAUCAAUUUCAUAUAUGAACUUGCUAGAAAGAAAGCUUUUAAUUUUAUUUAUUGCCAGCAAAAUUGUAUGAUACCCUGCCUGCCAUCUAAAACCUAUUUAUAUGCAUAUUGCAUGUGUAUUACGAAAAAUCUUGCGAUUGUUGCGUAUUAUGAUCUACAGGAACUCUUUAACUGUUUCCAAGUGUGCCACUUGUGUCAAUGUCAGGGAUUUUAAUGCCUAAAACAAUGUGUCUGGGUGCAUACAGUAUUUUGGUAUUGUUCUUUUUUAAAAAAAAUCCUAGUAGACAGCACUUUUAUUCCUCCAAAAUCAGAAGAGCCAAAAAUGUGUCUUCAUUGGAAGAAUAUUAAAGUUAGAUUUUUAAGAAAAUAAUAAAACUUAGUUCUAAUAGUUCUAAUGCUUGCAGUGUGGGGUUUUCAGAACCACGGUGUUGGUCAAACUGUUCCGCUGAUGAUGAUGAUGACAUAAGCGGACCUGAAAGCAGGCCAAUCCCAAGUGCUUUUUAAAAUUCCACUCAUAAUAUAUUAAUCAGUAUAGCUACUUAAGGGCCUAUUCUGGUAGAGUGCUGAGUGCUUCUAUGAUGCACUAAGUAUCCUCAAGUCGAUGACUCUCAAUGAGAUUGAGGUUGCACAGUCCCACUAAGGAUUGGUCCUGUCUGUUUCUCUAUUUUUGUGGUGUUAUAUGUAUGAGUAAUUAGCCUCUUUCCUUGGCUUAUAAUGAAAAACAUAUCUUAUUUUCUGUUUGCUUGUAAUGCUAUGCUACCUAAAAGUAUCCCACUGCUAAGCAUUAUUAUCUUUUCCUAAUAUUUUUUUACAUCCCUUGUUAAUACUGAGGAAAAGGACUGGACCAUUUAUUUUCUAUGUUAAUGCAAAGAUAUUGACCAAGAUCUACUAAACUUUUGUUUGUCACAGUUACUUAACUCUUUAGGAACCAAAGACUGACUUCUGCUCCCAUGAAGAAUGGAAAGCGGUAUAUAAUAAGGAUUGUUUAUCCAUAAAGUGUUCUGUAAGAGUGUUGACAAAGAAUACUAACUUUAACUCAUUACUGUGUGUUGUUUUCCUGAACUGCUGCCACAGAUGGUGUGGUGCUUUGUAUAUUUGAGUUUGUUUGCCAUGAACACCAUUUAUUUCUUUGACAUCCCAGCAGCAAAUUUUUCCCUUAGCCAUUCUUCAGGAAAGUUAUGAGCUUAGUUGUAGGCAUCCCAGAUAUUUAGUAGAAAUGUAAUGAUUUAAUUUAAGUAGUUGAGAACAAUUGUAAGGGUUAUUUUAAACUGCAUUGGAAUUACCUUAAAAUUUACCAGUUAAUCUAAUAUGCUUUGGGAAUGAUGUAAUGCAAUGAAAAUAACAAAAAGCACGCAUAAAGUGAACAAAACAUCCUUCAAAAGCAUGCUUAAGUGGUUUGAUCACCUCCUGAUAUAUUUUUCUAUAACUGAGUGUAUAGGAUAUUCUGAACCAUAUGGAUGAAGGGGAAAUAGUACAUUGUAUGAACAAUUAUAUCUUCAAAAUAAAAUUAGUCUUAUUUCAUAAUAGGCUAAUACAAUUCUUUAAGAACUGUUGAAUAAGUCUUUAAGUCCCUGAUGUAAUUUUGAAGUGAUUCCUGGUUUUCAGUACAAGUUCACCUACAAUUUAACACCUAUGAUUAUGAAACAUCCUUUCGUACUGUAGGUCUAUACUGUUUUCUGAAGCAUGCUUUUGUGCCCAUUUGUUAGGCAUUUUGUGCAAUUAAUGUGCAAUUUUAAAAAAUUCUAAUGCAUAUAUAUGUAUAGAUACAUACAUAUAUACACACUAUAUAACAUAUGCUGUGGCUGAACUAAUAUAAUUUUACAGCUCUAAGUGAUUAAUCAUGUAUGGUCUUAGAAAAAUGUGAUUUAAACCAAUAUGUGAAUGGAUUAUGUCAUAUAGCUGAGUUCUUAAAAAGUUUACAUUUUGGUGCCCCAAAGUGAUGGAUGUUAAAUCACAAAUUGCUAACCAAAACUUUUCUCUAAAUACCUUUUAUCACUUUGUUGGGAAGUUUUAAAAAUUGCCAUCUUAAAUUAUAUCAAAAUAGUGUUUGUAUACCACCUGCUUGAACUCAGUACUAUUCUGUAGUAAAUUUUAACAUAGACAGUGCCUUCAAACAAAAUAAAUGCGAUGCAGAGCUUAAGAGUUGUGCACAUUCCUUUUGAUAUUUUCAUGAUUCUUGUAAAACGCAGAGAGAAACCAAUCACAUUGGCUUUUGCAUUGCUGACAAGGUAAAUUAAGGACAACUCUUCAAGGAGUGAGCAUGGAGGGAGAAGGAAGAGAGAGAGGUAGUAUUUUACAAGAUUCUGAAGGUCUUGCAAAUUAACAAGUAAAAACAUUACAGAAAUAUUAACAGUGGAAUCUGAUUGAUAUGCUAAGAUACUUUUAAGCCCAUUUGCUGUAUUUCAAAUUUAAGGAGUAGAAUAUAAAAUAUAAUAAAAUCCAUUUUGCAAUAGACAGUAUAUUGAAAAGCAAGUGCAAACUGUACUUUUUUCUUGGAUCUUGCCAAUCUAUUUUUCUAUCAUUAUGUUUACUAAUGACUGCAUUGUAGUGGGUUACUAACAAGCCAGUUAUUUAAAAACAUUAAAAGGAUCCAUUGCGUAUCAACAAGAGGAAGUGUACUUAAGAUUAUUUUAUUUGUAGAGGUAUGUAAGAGAGGCUUAAUGAAAAAUGCACUGAAACAAAUGCUGGGAAUUUCCUGUGUACUAUCAUAGUUUCGGUUUUUUGUUGUUCAUGAAAACGUUUGUACUUUUUUAUCAUUGUCUUUUAUGAAAUAUAAUGUUCUAAAGAUGG